UUUCGCUGUCAAUGUUAUUAGUCUACUUACAGUGAUCAACUAGUGUAGUUGACAAUAAUAGUGCAAAAAUUCUCAAUUGUUAAAAGCGCUUCUACGUUAAAUCAGACUAAUAAUUUAUUUUUCUUAAUUUAACCUUGGGAAUAAUGGUGUACGACGGCUGGAGUUUUGAAGUACAGAUGCUCAUCGCUGAUGAGUGGUAUCUAUGGGAUGAUUUUGUACAUUUUGUAAAAUAUCGCUUGGGCCAGUUGUCAUUUACCUAUGAUCGCCGUUCGAUUCGCCAACACUUAGAUUUACCCAGGUCUUUGCGUCAAAUACAUCAACCGUUUCGUAAUGAUGUUCGUUUUCCAGCAAAUCAAAUUCUGAUAAAUACAAGCUUUGAAAUUGACCUUUGUAUUCGUCGAAUUCUUUCAGGUAAUUUUAAUACAUCGAGCACUGGUAGUAAGCAACAACCGGAACAGGUCGAAAGUCUCAGUGGCCACUUCGAAGCACAUGAUGUUUCAUGA